CACAAAUGCCAGGCUUUCAGCACCACCAGAACCAGGGCAUGAUGCUGCCUCCACACCCUGUUGGUGGCUACAGCCCGCUACCCCCACCAGGGGAGAAACCUAUGAACCACAGAUCGAAAAGAGCUAGUCCUCAAGUACAAGUCCCGCACAUAAGUCAGUCGCAAAUUCCAGCCAAUGCUAAAGCAGCC